AUGGGCUCUUGUUAUUCUUAAGUUCCUUACACUUUUCCAGAUGGAGGAAUAUACGAUGGCGAAAUGAAAGAUGGGCUUCCUGAUGGAAAAGGUAAAAUUAUCUGGGAUAAUGGAACCUAAUUUGAAGGCUAAUUUGAAAAGGGCAAAAAGAUUAAACAAGGAGUUUUCAAGUGGAGUGAUUCUUCACAUUAUGAGGGUGAAUUUUUGAAUGAAAAUUUUCAUGGAUAUGGUGAAUAUUAUUGGUACAAUGGCCGAGUGUACAAGGGUAAUUGGGUUAAUGGUAAGAUGGAAGGUCAGGGUACGCUUAGUUUUGAUGGUAAGGAGUAUGUCGGUGAAUUCAAAAAUGAUAAAAAGGAUGGGUUUGGGGAGUUGAGAUGGCCAGAUGGCUAGAAAUACAUAGGUGCUUGGAAGAAUGGGAGACAAGAUGGUAAAGGGAAGUUAAUAGAGCCGAAUGGAAAUGUGAUUGAAGGCAUUUGGGUGAAGGGCAAAAAGUAAUGA